AUUGCACGUUGACACCGCCCUCAUGGACAUGUGCUAGACAACUUUUGUUAUGAGCUAGGUAUGCUUGUCGUUCAUCCCGCAAGUUGUUGUGACGUCUGCCUCGAUCUCUACUCUAUCUCUUCAGAACCCGCCAAUUCUCCACAUGCAAUCGCUUGUGGUCAUAUCUUCUGUCUCACGUGCGUUCAUACUCCCGGCCAGCUUGCGGCCACCAAUAUUCAUGUCUCUCCUCUCUUAUCCGACUCUUCAAUCCUAGGUGCCUUCGCUCCUUAUCACCAAGUGCAUGUCCACUUUGCCGUAAACCUUUCCAGUCAGAUCGUAUCAAGAAACUUCACCUUGCGAAUCCACCCGAACUAGAUAAUGCUGAACAGAAUGCUCUCGAUGCUCAAGCCAGUCUCCUCCUCCAGCGCAUAGCUCUAGUCUCAGGUGAAGACACUCCCGAGACAGAUGUCGUUGAAGUAGUCACCGAAGUGCAGGAAUGGCUGCAGUCUCAACCGGAUGACCCUAAUUCUGUGAGUCCCUUUAAUCACUGCAAAUAGCUGUCCUUGCUGUCAACUCAAUGCUUCUCCAAUUUCUCACAUACGGGAUUUUUAGCAUAUGGCUCUUCGAGCUGCCGU